AUGUUUUUAAAAAAAAUUAAUAAAUUUAUAUUCUUUAACAGUUCAAUGCUUGUUUCAUUCAGCAACUUUAGUAAACAAUAUAGCCUAAGUUUUUAUUGGUCAUCAUUAACAUUAACUACUUCUGGACAACAACCUUAUCCUACAGCAGCAAUGCAUAAUUCUUUAGAAAUUUUUGAUACAAUUGUGGGGGUUUUAGUUUUUGCUGUUAUUGUGGGAAGUGUGGGAAAUGUUGUAAGUGGAAUAUAA